AUGUUGCAUCCACACAGAAUGGAGAGCUACCUCAUCCCUCCUCACGCUGAAGAAAUGUACGAGUCAGACAUCUAUAGACAUCAAAUUGCUGAAUAUUAUAACCCAUGCGUGUUAGAUGCUGACAUCCAGGCAGAUCACUGGGACUACCACACACACCCUCACGUGCACCCUGCAGAGUUCGAAAGCUUCCAAGAGACCAUCUUCACGGAGCUCCAGAGCGUCCAGGCCCUCCACGGGCCCGGCCUAAUACGAUACGACGCCGAAAACCUGCUCGAUCCAAACCUCGGUGCACAUCCGCACGUGCUGCAGCAACCAGUGGCCUUUUUUCCUCGGGCCGUGUAUCCACCACAUGUCUCCCAGCGCAGCACUGAUGAUGAGGAGCAAGGAGGGCGAAGUCCCCCUCUGGAAGUGUCUGAUGAAGAAUGCUUGAGAGACCGAGUCCCUUACUUCACACCUGGAGAGCUGGGGAAUAAAAAGAAGAUCCGUCUGUACCAGUUCCUGUUGGACCUCUUAAGGAAUGGUGACAUGAAGGAUAGCAUCUGGUGGGUGGACAGAGACAAGGGGACAUUCCAGUUUUCUUCCAAACACAAAGAGGCACUCGCCCACCGCUGGGGAAUCCAGAAAGGAAACCGCAAAAAGAUGACCUACCAAAAAAUGGCUCGUGCUUUGCGCAACUACGGCAAAACUGGAGAGGUUAAAAAAAUCAAGAAGAAGCUGACAUACCAGUUCAGUGACGAGGUUCUGGGGAAGAGUCACCCGGAGAGAAAGGCAUACAUUUAGGCAGAAGUUAUCAUUUCUGAAAUAUCUGUAGAUACUUUUAAAUGUGCUAAUCUAGCAAAGCAUUACGUCCUCGACAGUGAUACUGCUGCUCUGUGGGACUCAGCUACUCAAGAAACAGCUGCAUAAACUUUUAUCAGCCCUCCACAGCCUCCAAACACCUUCAGGACACGAGGUGGACGCCACUUACUGCAGAGAUGAGACGGAGUGCGGACAAGAGACCGGUUCUGGUUAAAACAGUAAAAGAAAGAUUUGUGAAUUGGUAGUUAAAAAAUAAUAAUAAAAAAACAGAUCAGUGAUUGUGAGUCUCUAUAAAAAGUCCUGGCGCAAGAAAAAAAAACCUGCGGCCUGAAGGUGAAAAUCUGUAAGAGAUGUGACUGAAUCUGCACGUUGAAUUGUUUUAAUGGAAAACAAGUUAGCGUAGGUUCAAAAGUUGAUUUAUUACUCUGAAAUAAAUCAACUUUUAUCAGUGACACAGACUAAACUAUACAAGCCCCUCUUUUAAAAUGCAUUUUUAAGAUAUUUGCAUUAAAACUCUA